AUGCUUUACGUUGGAAACUUGGUCUACACUGUCCUCCAAGCCGCCGUGAAGCUGUCGAUCGUGCUUUUCCUCCGCCGCAUCUUCCCGUCACAAACCUUCCGGAGAAUCGCUCAGGGCAUCGAGAUCAUCCUCCUGCUUCACGGCACGCUCUUCACCAUCCCAUUUGCGGUGCAAUGCACGCCCGUACAAUCGAUCUGGGAUCGCACCAUCACCGACCGCCGCUGUCUGAACUUGCAGGCGGUGGGAUUCAGCAGCGGCGGACUGGCCAUGGCGGAAGAUAUCGCCAUCUUACUCCUGCCGAUCCCCCACGUUUGGCAGCUGAAGAUUUCUCUCCCGCGGCGCCUGGCAGUUAUUGCGCUGUUCAGCGUCGGUUCUUUCGCCUGCGUGACAUCGGCCAUCCGGAUCAAGUAUCUGGUGGAGUACAGUACUACGUUCGAUGAGACGUGGGACCAUGUCGACAUUGUGGUAUGGUCAUUCAUCAAGCAGUCCAUGGCGAUGCUAUGUGCGAGUUUGCCCACUCUGCGUUUGCUACUUGUCCACAUCGCGUCCCGACGUCGUCCCGGAUCGUCGGAGAGCUUUUUUCACAGAGAGACUCCGAAACAAAUGUGGCGUUGGUCUUUUGAUAGAUUGAGACGAUGCCGAAUGCGGAAGCAACAAGACAGCGAUUCCGCGCCCCGACAAACAGGUGAGGGAGUUCUCGUGACGACAACGGUGGAGGUCGACCGCCUGUCCUCCAUGGCCAUUGACGUGCCGCCCUUUCCACCGCCUGCCUACCCUGGGCCGAGGAACAAUGCAUAACGGUAAGUCCCGGCAGUGGAGAUCAUCUCCUACGAAGUUAUUCUUUCGGCGGCGAGUGGAUCUCAAUCACUGACGAGGAUUAAGUAUCGACGCGGAUGACGGAAAGGUUGAAACUAUGAGACGCUCGUGUUGUGACAGGUUUGGAGAUUUCACAAGGCAGCGUGAUGAGUCAUGAUGCGCAACUGUAGGACAUUGGUUCAAGAAACAACAGAUGCAGGGGGUUCCAUGUGAGGAUAUCAUUAAGG